CCAAGGUGAACCCUCGAUCACACGCGCGCGCAUACACGCACGCACACACACGCACGCACGCACGCGCUGCGGGAUCUUUGCUGGGACAUCGGAGCACACUACCGGGAACGCAAUGAUGGUCAAACUGGCCGUGGUGCUGCUGGUUUUGUCAGUGCUGGAGCAAGUGGUGGGAUUGGAUAUUAUCGAUAUCCAUGACAGCCUCCCGGAGAAGCCCGUGAGCCAAAAGGGACGCCUAUCCUUGCAGAACACAGCUGAGAUGCAGCAUUGCCUGGUGAGUGCAGGGGAUGUCGGCUGUGGUGUGUUUGAGUGCUUUGAGAAUAACUCCUGUGAGAUACGAGGGCUACAGGAAAUCUGCAUGACGUUCCUGCACAACGCUGGCAAAUUUGACUCUCAGGGGAAGUCCUUCAUCAAAGAUGCUCUGAAAUGUAUGGCACAUGGGCUACGGCACAAGUUCAGCUGCAUAAGCAGGAAGUGUGUGUCCAUUAAAGAGAUGGUGUUCCAUCUCCAGAGAGAGUGUUACAUCAAACACAACCUGUGCUCCGCUGCUAAGGACAACGUGGCCGUCAUGGUGGAAAUGAUCCAUUUCCAAGAUCUCUUCCCCAAAGGCCCAUACGUGGAGCUGGUGAAUAUUCUUCUGAGCUGUGGCGAGGAGGUGAAGGAGGCAUUGACACGGAGUGUCAGGCGACAGUGCGAGGAGAAUUGGGGGGCUUUGUGCGACAGCCUGAGCCUCUGCUCCUCCCUCGCCCCAUCUCCCGCCGGUUCCGCCAUCGAACACCACCGCCACCCUUUGCCCGCCCAUCCCGAGCCAGAGCACCCUCGCCCCCCGCGACAAGGCGAUAAGGAGAAACAUGCUAAGGUUAGCUUCAACGCUCACCCACGCAAUCGCAGUCAGGGGACCCGUCGCCACAGCCUGGACGCCACCGAGGCCACUGUCAUCCGGAGGUGAAAGCGUCCCGAACCCUUGACUACCCACAACGUAUAAAAAAACACACCUGCAGAUUUAUGCACACCGUCACAAUAAGCCACACCCCCACACAUACACACACACACACACACACACACACACAAACACAAAAUCCCAGACAGACUGAGCAGAAGGAAACGAGCAUCGACCUUUUUUGUCCUUAUUCCGCCCUCUCCAGUCAUUCCAGCAUCUCACAUAGUAAACUUGCAGGGUAAUUGUGGUGUAGCUUGUACUCUUACGCCAGACCGUAGGCCUCGAUAAAAAAAAGAAUAAUACUUGUUAUUAUCAGGAUUAUUUUAACUGUUAGGACUAUUUUGGGCUCUAAUAUAGCAUUUCUCAAAUCUUACUUACUGUAAGAUUUGAUUGCAUUUGUAUUAUUUAUUUUAUUCUGUAUACAAUGUUGAAGUAUCAAAAUGUACAUAGAAAAUAUACUUAUCUAUAUUUAUAUAAACAUGUAUAAAUAUAGUUACAAUAUGCAAUACUGAUAUAUUGUAGAUGACAUAGUAUAUGCUGUCUUGACAGUGUUGCACCCAUCACACAACGGUCUGCAGGUAUGUGACAUGCACCAUUUGUUAUUUCAAAGUGCGAAUGUGUAUUAUAAUUAUAGAAACUUAAAUACAAAUUGUACAGGUUUCAAGUCCAGUUCUGGCACAUAUGAAUUGUAGUGCAUGAUGGCCACGAAGCCUUGUGCAUUCUUAAAGUGAAAAUCCACUCUAUAGUGGAUGCAAAAGUAAUACUAUGAAUAUAGAUGGUUAUUUCACACAUGUUUGUAAUGCUAAAAAGCUAGAAACAAGAGCGCCGAGGCGGAUCUCUGUGGCCAUCAAAGCGCUCCUGAGACAAACAUGGGCUCUUGUUUCAUAAGUAGGAGUGCAACAUUGGUGUGACGCAAAAAGUAUCACAAGACAUCAUUGUUCUUGUUCACGAUUAAUAAUUGAACCGUCAAAUGUUAGGCCUUCCCUUUGAGUUGGUUUUCCUGCUAGUUGUCAGCUAUCUGUGAACAGCAGCAAAGGGAGGAUGCUCAAUCAAGUCCUUUUUCAAAAUGUCUCAAACAUCGAGGUGCCUAAACUUGUUAUUGUCCACAGUGACCGCUUCUCUGUGAUUUUUAGGUGAACGGAUGAUAAUGUGUCGUAAGGAGAUUUAAUGUUGAGCUAUUUCCCAACAAUGUUGAGCCACAGAAGUCUACGAUUUUGCACUUUGGAUGAUUGUCAGUUGUGUGUCGGACUGCUGCAAGUUUAGAGAAAAGACCACGUUACCAGAGCAGUCGCCCUCUAAACCAGACCGUGUGUGUAGAAUAUCUCAUUUGAUCGACCCUGAUUUCCCCUUAUCAAAAACAGCAGCAGGUUUUUGUAUCCCCACGUGCUCCUUCGGACCAGAUUGAGCCCCUUCAUCAGAAGGACAAUGUGAACCUUUUGUGGUGUCCCAGAGGGCGGGAAAGAGGCCUGACAGAACCCCUCCAGAUCUCUGGCCUCGCUAAAUUAGCCCUUAUUCCACUGUGGUCCUUUCACCCAGGUCAGGAGAGACGCGAAGGCCUGUUAUUCUACUCGUUAACGCCGCAGGCAAAGCAGCGAGCAACCAGGAACUGGGAUAAGUCCACACACGGGGGAUCUGGCGCUGUAAUUCUAAAUGUUAUAUUUACUGAGGCCACCAGAGAAUUCCUCUGGGCCACAGCCAAGAGUCAGCAGCACGGGGGCAGAGGGGAACGGAGCGAGGAGAAGAGAGACAUCGUGUUAUUUCCCUGUGAUUCACUUUAUUUUACUUCUCCCGAGUACUCUUCUUUUCUCCCUUCUUUAGGAAUAAAAUCGACUUGGAUUUCGUUGCUCAGUUCAGGGUUUCUUAAUUUUUUUUUAUUUCCCUGAUGUUUUUUUCCCCCUUCUCAAUCAUUUAGAGACUGUUAUAUGCACAGAGGGUUUGAAUCAUCAGUGAGGCUUACGGGCUUUUUAUUUUCUUUUUCCCUUUUAUUCAGUUGUGAAAGUUGGGAUUCCUGUGACAUCUGCAGCAGCAAACAUAAGCUAAUCCUAUUAAGAAUGUACUGUAUGUGUGUGAUGUGACAUCUGUUCAGCUCCCUGUGAUUAGGUUUGCUAUUGCUUCUUUUGUAAUAAUGUAGUGGCUUGAAUGGCUUUUCUUCAUGUGUUAGGGGGAAAAUAAAACUAACCAUGUUUCAGGUAUUGUCAGUGGUCCAUCAAUACGUUACGCCUUUUCCCCCAUUGAGCACAAGGACUCUGCUCCAACUGUCGAAAAUACAGGACGAGGUCCAGAAGUUUAUAACUCACUUGACAUCGGGCAUAUGACCCUAUCAAUAUCUUUGGACUCAUGAAGUCAGAUGUAUCUUGUUACCAUUAAAAUAUUUUUGUCUGUAUUUUCUCAA